UAAUCUCAAUAUAAAGCGACACAGUGCGCGUACACAAUAUCGACGAGAGCGAUCUUCCGAUUGCCAUCUGCGUUUGAUUUUUUUUAAUGUUUUUGGCCUCUUCAUUAAUUUUGAUCAAUUUUAAUCGGUUAUCGGUUUCUUUCAACAAACAGAUAAGAUAAAAAAAAACAAAAGAAGUUUCACUUCAAAGUGUCAAUUUACGACUCUCUCCCCGCCACACCUGUCGAGUGUGUACGUGAUUUUGUUAUUUGCAAAUGACACACAUUAACGCCGAUGGAUUAAGAGUUUCGAUACAAAAGUCGAUGCGUAAGUGUGCGUGUAAGUACAUUUCGAAUGGAUUAAAUCUCCCACCUUAUAUACGUAUAAAUAAAAUACGUAUGCGCGUUCACACAUUCUCCGCUUAUAUAUGUAUAGAGAGACACAGGCCUGGCGGAGGCGCGCGCGCGCCAGCUAAGCGAUGUAUUCUGCUUGUGCGCAGACCCCCUGCGCUGCCGUUCACUAGCGUGUUGGACGCGCGACGAGCCGGUCGCGCUGCUUCUGCUGCUGCUCCUAGUCUCUCGUCAUCCAAUCGAGCAUGAUACACAAAAAUUGAGAGGAGCGAUCAAUUUUUGUUUUUGAUUCGCACACAUUUGGCUUUAGGCUGAACCAUAUACUACUACUUGACAUUUCGCACGUAGCUUCUAUAGAUUACGGUUGUCAGCGGGUUUAGCUAAGGCGAAAGAAAGAGACUGAGUGGCUGUUUUGAUCGGACAAAGCCGAAGGUACGUUUUAUGUAGAAAAAGAGGCAGAGAGAGAAAGCCAACGAAAAAUGAUUAUGACGCAGAUGAUGUUGAAGCAAGAGCCCGGCUGGACGCUCGAGUGCAACGGCAAGAAGUCGUACCUGCGCCGGGAUCACGCGGCGGCGGAGGACGACGGCCUGCAGCUGCUGCCGAGAAAGAGCCAGAAAGUCUGCUUCCGCUGCGACGUCGAGGUGCGCGAGUACGAGAGGGACGAGCCCGAGGAUUAUCAUCGUUUCGAUUCGUACUACAACUACGAUCACAGCAACGAGGACGUCGCUGCCGCCGGCGGCGUCGAAACGGAAGAUAAUAACGGUGGUGGGGCUGCUGAUUGUGGCAGUGGCAGCGCGAGUCCAUUGGCCAUGUGCGCCAGUUGCCUGGCAGCCCUCUGCGUCACGGUCAUUCUGCCCUGGCUGCUUAUGAGCGGUUAAAUUUUGGCGCGCGAGCGAGCGAGCGACCCCCGCACACAAUUGCUACCCGCGCAGGAUUGCCAGAUGGGACAUCGUGCAAAAAAAAAGAAAAGAAAAAAGGAGAAAGAGACAAUAAUCAUAUACGAGACGCAGGAUUCGUUCACUUUUAGCCCAAUUAUUAUAUUAUUAUGUAAUGUAUAACGUUAUAAAAAUAAGUUAAUUUUUUCGACGGGGGGAAAGCCACAACGACGACGAUGAUAUUUACAUGUGUAAGAAUUCGUUAUUUCGAUGCCAUAUUCAGCCAUAUGUAUUUACGGUACUUGUAUAAUUUUUCAAGAGGCUGCACGUAUACGUGUAUAAAAUAAUAAGAUGUGCAAUUUUUAUUAUGCAUAAGUAUAGACUGAUUAAUGUGUACGAUAUUACUUCUAAGCUCGAGAGUGGUUACCCUCUCGGUAACUACUUUUUUUUUUGGUGCGAUACAUAUUUGUACAUAUAAAUUCAGGGAGGGAGAAAACUAUAAAGCUCAUGACGUUAGAUUAGUUUUGAUAGUAUAAAUGAAAAAAAUGUAAUAAUAAUUAAUUUUAUCGCGUGAGCGUGUGACUGAAAUGCUACACACGCGAUAUGUAAUACUUGUUAUAGACGCGAUCAAAGAUAUAUAUUAUGUAUAACUAAUUGUUUUUUUUUGUUAAUAAAAAAGCAGCUGCAAAGUACAGUUA